CAAGCUUGGUACUCUAUAAAAUUGUCAGUGACAUCCUUUUCUCCUGCCCCUGAAGACUUGUUACAGUGUUCAGGGCAACUUGUGAAGUCAUGGCGGUGGAGACAGAUUUUUUGAAUUGUGACAUGAAUGCAGACAGAGAGAGGCAGUAUUGUUUUCUGGAAGAGACAUCUUUCUCCUCGAACAAUGUCCCUUUCUUUUUCAUUCAAAUAAUCUCAUUUGAGAUUGCAUUGUUGUGCUGUCUUCCACAGUGUCACAUCGCAAUUACAUUCUUGAAGAGACCUGCGAUAGGCUGCGGAGUUCAGACAAGUGUGCGUUAUUCUCACUUGUACGGCUGCAGUGAAUUUCUGAUCAUUGAUUUUUCUUUGUCCUUGUCUUAAAGUUGCAAUGCAAUUGUUUAGUUUGGCCUUCUGUGUGUCAGGACAGCCUCCUCCAACAGUCACAACGGUCGGCCUUUAACUCCAUCUCCGUUACUCUAUACUUCAUGUAAAUCCACAGGGUUGAGUUCUGACAACUGGUUACAUUUGGAUAACAGUCUUAUUUUAAGGCCUCUAUGUAUUGUGUGUGUCCUGAGGGAAAUGCUGUGAAAGUUAUUAAUCCAAAGGGUGGUCCUAGAUCACACUGUGAGACAUGUGUUAUUGGCUCAUUUGGAGCUUGGGCGACCAGAGAUAAGUGUCAGAAAUGUAUAGAUCAAAGUGUCACAACAUGACUACUGCUUCGACCACUAUCUACAAACCAAUCAAUGGGAAUCUGACAUGAAUCCUGCCAUAGACACAUGCAUGUAGGUACCACAUUGACAUGUAUGUAUCUGUAGUAAAUGCAAUUUCUUACUUGGUAAAAUAAAAUAAAAAUCAGCAGGCAUUCCUUGCACGAGGCUCAAAAUGAAUAGUGUUUCAGUCUGACACAAAUUGCAACCAAGAUUUUAUUCGACACAUCUUGAACAUUCUGACUUGCAAAUAACCUCUGCUCUUAUCGCACAGUACAGGCUCUUUAGCAAACAUUUGUUAAUCCCCUAAUCAAGCAAAACCAUCCUCUUAUCUAAAUACCUGUCCAAUAACAGUGGCAGGCUUACAUUAUUGGUCUGCACAAAAGGUCUGUGUGCGUUUGUUUUUUUACAGAGCAACUUGCAGGAUUUUCUGAUCUCACAAUCCAUUUUUACUGGGCUUGAAUUGGGUGUGUUGCAGGGUGACUUUUUAUUGUCAGGCACUGUUGAAGACUCAGACUCUGUUGCCAGCUACUAUUUUGCUGCAUUUGUGUUGACAAAAGCUGGUGAACAGAAGGCUUCCCAGCCUACUCACUGACCAUGCAUUGCACGGUGAGUGGCCAUGCCCACCUGCAGCUUUGGAAGGAGACCCUUCGCUGACAACAUCUGCUGCAGGUCUCAAAGGAUGUGUGGGCCGUCGACCGCUAAUCUGCACUUCUGAGUGUGAUUGUCUUUGGUUUCUCACAGGAGUUUGAAGGAUAAUGAGAGCUUUGUUUUAAAAAAAGAAAAGCAGAAAAUUGAACAAAACCAAGAAUUCCUCCUAAACGUGUUUGAAACGUAUAGGUUAAGGAACAGGUGUUUACACUCAUGAGCUGACAGUAUAAUUAAAUCAAGUGUGCAUAGAAACAGAUAUUUGAUGAUAAAGUAAAGUCUCUUUGUAGAGCAGCAUAUAGAUCCAGCAUCUGCUGCGGCAAGAAAAAAGGCUCCGUCCAUACGCACAAAAACAUACAUGUUUUCAAACAUGUAGUCAGCACAGGUUAUAAAGGUUCAUGAUGGUGCGUCUUUGCAUCAAUGGGAUAGUGGUGAUGAAUGUUUUUGUAAAAAUAAAAGUCACCAUUUAUUUUCUGUCCUUAUUUGUCAGAACUUCUCUGUUGGCUUCACAAACCAUCAUCUCUUCAAUGAAAUCACCACUUUCAGAAUAGUCUUUUUGGGGCUUUUUUUUAGUGCUAAAGGCACGUUAUUUUUGUACUUUUACUCAAAGAAAGUCCAUUAUAAUCUUACAGAGUCCUGGGUAACAUCUACAAAUUUCUUUUUUUAUCCAACCAACAGGUGUUACAGUACGUGUUAAAGAAAAAAGCAACAAAUCACCACACUGGAGAUUUUUUUCCUUCAAAUUUGACUGAAAGAUGAAGCAAUUAUCUAAAUAAUCACAUAUUAAUUUUCAGUUGACAGACUGAUUAAUCAACUAAUCGUUUCAGCUCUAGACAUGAGGCACAGCAACAUUUGCAUUCCUUUGAAGUAGUGUUUCUAGCCACACAUGCACAUUCAAAACGUACAAAAUCCUGACUGUUUAAAACUGACCCUGCGAAGAGACUAUUUUACUCAAUAUAAGUAUGUUUGCAGAGAAGCUGGUUAAUGUAGUAAAUAAUUAGUCACAUAACAUGUAUGUCUUUGUGGUCCUCUUUCUACAACAUUGUCAUUGAAUUUGUGUUUCUGGUGAAACAGCGUCCUCUAGAAGAAACUACCACUCAAUGUCCAUUUAUAAGCAUGUAAUCAUGCACGCAGGCACGCCUGAGGACGCCAGAUGAAGUUAGCAUGAACAUAUAAAGUACAAAACUAAGUACACGUGGCUAAUUAACUUAUCUGUUAACGGUCAGGACUCUUAGAAGACCCGAAACUGAAAAUGUCGGAAUUCACUGUGAAGCCUGUGGACCUAGGCAGGCCUGAGGGCUCUGACAUAUACCAAAUCACUGCCCAGGGGAACAGGGGAGAUUAAAAACUUCUGAUUGAGGUGGAGUGGAGAGAGACACACACGGAGAGAGAAAAAAAGCUUAUCGUUCACCUUUGUUCUCCCUAAUGACCCAAGUGAAGGAUCUCCAUAGGCCAGUCUGCGAAUAACAACAGACACAAGAGCAGCUGCCCACCACUGUGGUUGGAUGAUGGAGUGAAAGAGGAGAAGAGAACAGGAUUACACCCAGUGAAAUAGCCAACCUCAUAUCAUAAAUGAAUUGAAUGACUGGGAGAAAGGAGAGACAUGAGAGGAAGCCUUUUCUGUGCCAACUGCUUCAAGAGGUAUUGCAAUUAACCCUCUGGCCAUCCUAAAACAAUACCUGGCUUCUGUUACUUUCUGAUUGCUGGGUCUGGUUGUACCGCGUGGAUGCGUGCUCGGGCUGCGGCCAUGUUUCAACCACCGGUGUGUAGACCAGAUUGGAACAGCCGGAUUCUGCUGCUGCUGCUGCUGCUGUUUGUCUACAGCUCCCUCAGGGCUGCACAGGCUGCCAAACCCAAAGGGCCGGGACAAACACAUUUGAACUCCAUCCGCAUCGACGGGGAUAUCUCCUUAGGUGGGCUCUUCCCAGUACACGCCAGGGGCCACGACGGCAAGCCAUGUGGGGAGCUGAAGAAGGAGAAGGGCAUACACCGACUGGAGGCCAUGCUCUUUGCCCUCGACCGCAUCAAUAAUGACAAUAACUUGCUGCCUAACAUCACACUGGGGGCGCGCAUCCUGGACACCUGUUCCAGGGACACACACGCCUUGGAGCAGUCGCUCACCUUCGUGCAGGCCCUGAUCGAGAAGGACGGGACAGAUGUCAAAUGUCUGGGCGGGGGAGCACCAAUCAUCACCAAACCUGAGCGGGUGGUGGGCGUCAUCGGAGCCUCCUCCAGCUCCGUCUCCAUCAUGGUGGCAAACAUACUGCGCCUGUUUAAGAUUCCCCAGGUGAGCUACGCCUCCACAGCUCCAGAGCUCAGUGACAACACCCGCUACGACUUCUUCUCCCGUGUUGUGCCUCCAGACACCUACCAGGCCCAGGCCAUGGUGGACAUUGUCAAGGCCAUGCGCUGGAACUACGUCUCCACAGUGGCCUCGGAGGGGAACUACGGAGAAAGCGGCGUCGAUGCCUUCAUCCAGAAGUCUCGGGAGGACGGGGGGGUGUGCAUCUCCCAGUCUGUCAAGAUUCCCCGGGAGCCCAAGCAGGGAGAGUUUGACAAGGUCAUCCGACGCCUCAGAGAAAACCCAAACGCAAGAGUUGUCAUACUUUUUGCCAACGAAGACGAUAUCAGGCGGCUACUUCAUGCAGCUAAAAAGGCCAACCAGACAGGUCAUUUCAUCUGGGUGGGGUCGGACAGCUGGGGCUCAAAGAUCUCUCCGGUUGUGCACCAGGAGGAGAUGGCAGAGGGAGCCGUCACCAUCCUGCCCAAGCGCCAGUCCAUCAAAGGGUUUGAUCGUUACUUCAUCAGCCGAACACUGGAGAACAACAGAAGGAAUAUCUGGUUUGCUGAGUUCUGGGAGAACAACUUCAGCUGCAAACUCAGCCGCCACGCCGUGAAGAAAGGGUCCGGGCUGAAAAAGUGCACAAAUCAAGAGCGGAUAGGAAAGGACUCGAACUAUGAGCAGGAAGGAAAGGUGCAGUUUGUUAUUGAUGCCGUCUAUGCGAUGGCUCAUGCCCUGCACGGUAUGCACCAGGAGCUCUGCCCAGGGAAGGUGGGCCUCUGCGCUAAAAUGGAUCCCAUCAAUGGCACUCAUCUGCUGAAGCACAUCCGCCGUCUAAACUUUUCAGGCAUAGCUGGAAACCCAGUGCUCUUUAAUGAAAAUGGAGAUGCUCCUGGACGAUACGAGAUCUACCAAUACCAGAUCAGAAACCAAACAGCCGAAUACAAAAUAAUUGGCCACUGGACGGAUCAACUCCAUCUCAACGUUCGUAAGAUGCAGUGGCCCGGCGGUGUCCGUCAGAUCCCUUCCUCAAUCUGCAGUCAUACCUGUCAGGCCGGCGAGCGCAAGAAGAUUGUGAAGGGUAUGCCUUGCUGUUGGCACUGUGAGCGCUGCGAUGGCUAUCAGUACCAGGCAGACACCUACACGUGUAAGAUGUGUCGCUUUGAUUUACGGCCCAACGUGAAUCACACCGGCUGUGUUCCAAUCCCCAUUGUUAAGCUGGAGUGGAGCUCUCCAUGGGCAGUCUUUCCCGUGCUUAUUGCUGUCUUUGGCAUCAUGGCCACCGUGUUCGUGGUGGUCACGUUCGUCCGCUACAACGACACCCCCAUUGUGAAAGCAUCAGGCCGAGAGCUGAGCUACGUGCUGCUAACUGGCAUCUUCCUCUGUUAUGCCACAACAUUCCUGAUGAUUUCUACCCCUGAUGUAGGAAUUUGCUCCCUCCGGAGGAUCUUCUUGGGUCUGGGCAUGAGCAUUAGUUACGCCGCCCUGCUCACCAAAACCAAUCGUAUUUACCGCAUCUUUGAGCAGGGUUCCAUGUCUGUCAGUGCACCCAGGUUAAUUUCUCCAGCCUCCCAGCUGGCCAUCACGUUCACCCUGGCCUCAGUGCAGCUGCUUGGGGUGUGCAUCUGGUUUGGCGUGGACCCCUCCAAGGCCAUUAUUGACUACGAGGACCAGAGGACCUCUAACCCGGUGAUGUCUCGCGGUGUGCUGAAGUGUGACAUCUCUGAUCUGUCUCUCAUCUGCCUGCUGGGCUACAGCAUGCUGCUCAUGGUCACCUGUACGGUCUACGCCAUAAAAACCAGAGGGGUGCCGGAGACAUUCAAUGAAGCCAAACCCAUUGGUUUUACCAUGUACACCACCUGCAUUAUUUGGCUGGCAUUCAUCCCAAUCUUCUUCGGCACUUCACAGUCCACGGAAAAGCUGUACAUCCAAACAACCACACUGACCAUCUCUGUGAGCCUGAGCGCCUCGGUGUCCCUUGGGUUGCUCUACAUGCCCAAGGUCUACGUGGUUCUCUUCCACCCUGAGCAGAAUGUGCCCAAGCGCACUCGCAGCCUGAAGGCUGUGGUUACCGCCGCCACCAUGUCCAACAAGUUCAACCCCAAGGCCGGACUCAGACCCAACGGAGAAGCCAAGACCGAGCUGUGUGAAAGCCUCGAAACACAAACUUUCCCUACAAAGCAAACCUACAUCAGCUACAGCAACCAUACAAUCUAAUGGACACAUGUAGUCAUCAUAAUUUCCUCAUCGACGGAGAAAAACAUGCAGUGGAGUUUGACACAGCCGGCAUUAAAAAAAUGGAUGUGUCACAUGAACGGCUGGAGAUCAUAGAAGUGUUGCCCAAAGACGUGACGUGGCGAGGAGAGAGACCACAGGGAUGGACAAAACAGGGGACCAGAACAGAUAACGGUACAAUUGCCUGUCUGCCUCACAAGAAUAACAGAAAAAAAAGAAAAAGUUAAAAAUACUUGCAUGGCAGAGGCCGAUGGAUGGAGCUUUCCUUUUGAGUGUUUACAUUUCAGCUAUGCCCUCUUUCAAAAAACGUCUCCGUCAUCGUGAGCAGUGCUGACUGAAACAGAACUAAAAUCAAGAAUAUGUUCAGGUGUUCUCAAUGUCGUCUGCCAGUUCUGAAAACUGUAAUUAAUCGAAAAACCCUCAAGGCAUCACAAGGGAUUAAUCAACAAUCAACACCAAAAAGGCAUGAACACAUUGUCCAUGGAUUUCUGAAGAGGGUAGGAGGCUUGUGUUUUGUUUUUAUUUCUAAAUGUAUUCCGGUCUCAUGAGUCAAAACGACUGGAAACGGUGAUCAUCUCAACAAUGCAACAAAUCUGUGCCAGACUAUAUUUUUUUGUUCCUCUUUCAGGUUUCCACUGAGUCAAUAAGGACAUAUGAGAUGGUCUCUGCCAAUUUUGAGCAUGCCAGUUUCAACAUCCUGUGUUGUGUUGUUAAAAAAAAAGAUAAAAGGAAAAAAAAUCAAUGAAAAAAAACCGAUAUCUUUGGAAUGCGUUUAAACUCUGUUGCAGCGUUGUUAACAAUUGUUUGGGCCCGAGCCUACCGUACGUUUAAAAACUGUUCUCAAAUGGUGAAGGUCUAGUGAGUGAUUAUUUAUCUGUGCUUAAGUGAGGCCAUGAUUUGUAUUACCAGCUAGCCGAAGGCUGCCACUGCCCUCCACAUACCUGUAUGUGCUUUGAAACAGUGGCUCGUGGUUAAAAUCAAACGGUAUUUUAUCCAGGAGAUGUUACUGUAAGCUGUCGUCCAGGAUGACCCUCCCAUCACUGCCACCAGCUUCUCUCUUGGUCACACGUAGUGUGAGGGUAAAGCUUAGCUGAAGAGAUCCAUUAGGAGGGGAAUUAAGAGGAAGUAUGCCCUUGAGAGGAUUGUGCAAUAUGACCUGAAGGUGAUAUCCAUAAUGGACCAGCUACUGAGAAAAUUCAUUACUACACGUCCUCCUCAGGCACUCUCAUGAUAAGGGGGAGGUGUUGGGAAGGUGUAAGGCUUUUCAACAAAUGAAAAUCUAAUUGCAAAAGUAUAAAAUAUCUCCAUCAAUCACCCUCAGCUCGCUGAACAGAUGAAUAGUUGGCUUUGUAAAGUAUAAAGCCCUCUAACGUCUGGGGGGGAAAACAUCGUGGGGUCAUUUGUGUUGUGAAUUCAAUGCUGCUCUUCAUACCGCCCUCUGUAUUACUUUCAACACCAUUUGUGUUGCAGAAUAAAAUGUGAGUGCUGAUCAAAUUAAAUGGCAAGUUAAUGUAUGUUAUUAAAUAGAUUGAUGAUGUCUGCUUUAUGUCCUGACAUAUCCUACAAUUGGGGUAAAUGUACAAAAAGAUACAGUGCCUGGCUAUCUGAAUAUGUAUUUGUAAAACCCCAUGAAAACUAAUGAAGUGUGUGAAGCAUGUUUAGUUUUUUUUAUACAAAAUUUUAUUUCUAUUAAAAAUGUUUCGAAACUUCAA